CUAUAAAAAGGGAUGGCAAGCCCCCUUUCAAUCUCACUCAAACCAUCUCUUUCCAACCAUGCAAUCUCCUAAAGUUUCAUUAGCAUCAACUCUCCUAUUAAUCUCUCUCCACUGCUUAGCCAUCCAAGUCUCCUCCAUCGACACUCUCAGACAAGGAGAGAAUCUCAACUCAACAUCCCAACUCAUCUCCAACAAUGGCGCCUUCUCCCUCCGCUUCUACACUCCACCAAACUCCAACUCCACCUACUUAGCCCUCUGGUUCACCGGUAGAUCCAGGCUUUCUUCCCCCGUCUGGAUCGGAAACCGACGAAAUCCUAUCCCUACCAACUCAAACCCCACCUUAACACUCGGCGCCAGAGGCCAGCUCACCAUCACCCACGACGACGGCGGCGCGCCGAUCGAUCUCUACGCUGGCCGAUCAUCCGAGGUGGAAAACGUCACGGCCACACUCACCGACACGGGGAACUUCCUGGUGAACUCGAACGGGCCAGCCGGCCUCUUCUGGCACAGCUUCGACCAGCCUUCCGACACCCUCCUCGGAGGGAUGAGGCUCGGCGUUGAACGAAGCAUCAAGAGGAACUGGACACUGACUUCUUGGGCCGCCGAGAACGAUCCGGCCCCGGGAGCUUACUCUAUGGAGUGGGAUUCGAGCUCGAGGAAUUUGGUGGUGAGGAGGCGCGGGGCGGCUAUAUGGAGGAGCGGCGAGCUGAAAUACUACCGCGACGAGGCGGGGCAGUCGCGGGCGGAGUUCGAGAAUGUGGGUAUCGGGCGCGAUGUGUUUAACUUUAACUUCAACUUCACUGCGGAGGAGGAGGAGGAGUAUGUUAUGUUCACGGUGCUGCCGUUUCCCGGGUCCCCGGCGCGGGUUUUGUCGGGCUGGAGGCUGGAGUCCGAUGGAGACAUAGUUGACGUCGACAGGUCCAUGUUUCUCGCGCGGCCUGAUGCAGCGGCGGAGCAGCCGGCACCGCCGCCUGAUAGUGCGGCGGCGGGGUUACGUGCGUGGGCUUUUUUUGCAUUCGCGGCGGUGGUUUUGGACUUGGUGCUGUUUGUAAUCUAAUUUGUUGUGUGCAUUAUGAUUACUUGUUUACUAUGUUUGUUGAUAUUAUAUAGAGAAUUUCGUGUAAAUCGACCUUAUUUAUAUAUUUAGAUGGGAGUGGAAUGUUUUUAUUGUUUUGAAUUUCAA